AUGUCUGCUCUGCUUGGAUACGCCCACUUGUUCCACACGCGGCUGAAUUUCAUCUUCAUCGUCCUCUUCGUUCUAUGGCUCAGCCUGCAAGACAUCUGUCUGGCUGUUCAAUGGCACAAUGUCAUCAUCAAGCACGUCACCCUGUCCUUGGUGUCGAUAGGGGCUCUGGCUCUGGCCAGCCUUUACUUUCGGGGUCACGCCUUUCGCCAAGCUUGGACCGGCGACGAGGAGCUGAUACCGUGCAAAGUAACGAGUUCAACUCGGGCCUCUACAGCCGACAGGUCAAUUUUGGUGGGAAAGCUGGUCUCGCUCUGCUCGGCGACUCAGAAAUGCACCAGCAGACAUGUGCCAACCCACCCCCGAUGCGUUGACCUCAAUUUCCACAACUGGGCGACGGUGAACCCAGAAGACCACCUCGCAAAUGGCGAUGCGUCGGUGACCUUGGAUCUCAAACUCAAAGCCUCCCUCAGGUCACAGGAAAUCGAGCCCGAGUACUUCUCUCAUGCUUACUUGGUCACGGCGAUCAAGGCACUUGGUUUUUGGCUCCCACCUCGCGUAUCACUUUGGUACCUCUACUCCAUGGACGGCGGACUCUCUUUCCUGGUACUUGAGGUGCACAGCGCAAGCGGUGAGCGCGAAUCCUUUAUUGGUUUCCCGAUGCCGGCCUCUCAAGCUACCCAAUCUACGAAUCCGGUGCUCGAUGUGUCCGGCCCACGCGUGUUCACUUUUGAGACCACCUUCCUGAAAGACCCUUCGGUCGCUGGACUUGGCUUAGAGGCUGGGGCAAAGACGAUCCGAACGACUGAUCCACUCGACUCGACGCAACGCAAGCGGCGGGGACUGAGCAUUGCCAUCGAACUCUCCGACCACGCUUCAAGUGGGCCAGGGGAGCUCAUUCUCGGCCUACAAGUUACAGGUGAGCCGAUCAGGGUUGGGCACAUUGGUGUCUUCGAGAAGCUCGCAUUCACCUAUUCCGUUCUGUCGACCAUUAUGGCCUCGAUGGUCACAAGCUGGUUCGACUGGAUCAGGCUCUGUCUCAGCCAGUAUCCCUUUGACGAGCAUAGCCGCGAGCAAUCCGAAGUAUAUGCCCAGCGCCCCGCCGACUUCUUGGAACGGGAUAUCGAAUUUGCCUUUGAAAAGUAUCUCCUCGCAUCCGGGGAAGCAAGCAAUUUACCUGUCGUGGUCCACUACCUUGCGAGCGGUGUCCAGAGGCGUCAGAAGACACGACCCACCGCAGCCCUCGCAGAAAGAUCCGAUGUAGUUGUUCACGUCCAGCUGAAAGUACUCACCCCAGAGUUCUAUAGGAGAUUUGUCGGGUACGCUCACGACAUGGAAGCUAUAUUUUGCGAGCUGCGGGAAAAUCGAACCGUCUGGACAGACAAACCCGAGGUCCUUGAUCAAUUGUUUCUGAAAAGGCCAGGUCGACCACUACAGACGCAGAGUCUCGUGGACUAUGUCACGUUCAGCCUCAUCCGAAUGUUGCGCAAGCGACCACCUCCUAUCAAGAGGCAAGCUUCAUCCGCUGGGUACGCAUCUGGUCUCCCAGCGGGCGUCGAUAUUCGACAAUUUCGAAUGUCUGCAAUGGAUGCUUUCAUCCUUUGCCAAGGAGACGACGACCUCAAACGGAGAUACCGGUCGGCUGUGCUUCAGCUGUUCCUGGCCGAGCGCCUCUUCUACGGUUCCGUACGCACGCUGAGCGUGGUGCGAGUUGUGUUCAGACUCACGAUAGCAUGGACCAUUGCCAAGGUCUGCACCUUAUCUGUUACGAAAUACACGAAUUGA